AUCAUUGUUCUUUUUCAGCCUUCAUGAAGAAAUCAAUGACUUCUACAAGUACAUGUCUCCUAGACCCGAAGAAGAAAGAAUGCGGAUGGAGGUGGUGAAUAGGAUAGAAAGCGUGAUAAAGGAACUCUGGCCCAAUGCAGAUGUGCAGAUAUUUGGAAGUUUUAAAACUGGUUUAUAUUUACCUACUAGCGAUAUUGACUUAGUUGUGUUUGGAAAAUGGGAGACCUUGCCACUGUGGACCCUGGAAGAGGCACUCCGGAAGCACAAUGUGGCAGAUAAAGGUUCAGUAAAGGUUUUAGAUAAAGCAACUGUACCUAUCAUUAAACUGACUGACUCCUUUACUGAAGUAAAAGUUGAUAUCAGCUUUAAUGUACAAAAUGGGGUAAAAGCUGCCUAUCUCAUCAGAGAUUUUAUCAAGAAAUAUCCUGUAUUGCCAUAUUUAGUUUUAGUAUUGAAACAGUUCUUAUUGCAGAGGGACCUCAAUGAAGUAUUCACAGGUGGAAUUGGAUCUUAUAGUCUUUUUUUAAUGGCUGUCAGCUUCCUCCAACUACAUCCCAGGGGGGAUGCCUGCACCCCCAGUGCCAAUUACGGCGUCCUUUUAAUAGAAUUUUUUGAGUUAUAUGGCCGUCAUUUCAACUACCUGAAAACGGGAAUCCGGAUCAAGGAUGGGGGUUCCUAUGUGGCCAAGGAUGAAGUGCAGAAGAAUAUGCUAGAUGGUUAUAGACCAUCAAUGCUAUAUAUUGAAGAUCCACUACAACCAGGUAAUGAUGUUGGAAGAAGUUCUUAUGGUGCCAUGCAAGUAAAGCAGGCCUUCGAUUAUGCAUAUGUUGUUCUGAGCCAUGCAGUCUCACCAAUAGCUAAAUGUUACCCCAACAAUGAAAGCGAAAGUAUAUUAGGCAGAAUCAUCCGAGUUACGCAAGAAGUUGUGACCUACAGAGAGUGGAUAUCAAAACAGUGGGGAAUACAGAAUAAUGCAGAGACUUCAUGCAAUGGUAACGGAGUGACAUUAAUAGUGGAUAAUCAACAGCUGGACAAAUAUAACAAUAACCUUUCUGAAGAGAACCAGUCACUAGGAAAACCUAGAAAUAAAACUUCAGAGACACCAAGCAAACAUUCAUCAAAUUCUUCAUCAGGUCCCUUGUCAUCAUCAUCAUCCACGCUCUCCAGCUCCAGUGAUGUAGAGUCUGAUGGCACGCCGUGCAAAACCUCUAAACAGCUGGGCUCCUGCCAGACUUCCGCCAACCGAUUGGCAUCUCAGGAGAUAUCACUAGGGUCCUCUCAGCUGAGUGGCAAAUUGCCAAGUAGCCAAACCGUGAAUGCAUCCAACGUGACAAAUAAGUCCCAGCACGGAUCCGUGAGGUUGUUCCGCACUUCUUCCAACAAAAGCCUCCAAGGUCCCGGGAAUUCCAGCCACGGCACCUUGGUGACGAACAAACAGUACCAGGGCAGUAAGCCACACCAAUUUUACCACGGCAAGAAAAGGAAACACAAGAGAGACGCUGCCCUUUCAGACUUGUGUAGAUAGUUUUCCUAUCGGACGGUGGGACUGUUCUUCUGUGUGCAAUGCUCUCGUGCUACAAGAAUAACUUGGACAGAUGGACUUCCGAGACCUUGUCUGGAGUCUCGAGACUGUUGGAACGUUGAUUAGCAAUGCAUUUUAGUUUUUUCCUUUUUUUUCCAGCUCGCCACGAAACAGAUCAUGAAGACUGAUAACUGCAAAAAAACAAAAAAGGGGGUGGGGUGGGGAGGGAAGAGGAAGACGACGAGGCUGCUUAUCCAAUAAGUCAUAUGCUACAACAGGGUUGUUUAGAUAUAAAAGCUUGAAUGUAAAAUAAAUAUAUCCCGUCAGCUUCUGUGCUGACCUCUAGGGGUAGAAUACAUUGUAUUUAAGGGUUUGGUAAUGAACUGAAAUAAAACAAGGGAUUUAAAAAAAAAAAAAAUACGGGGGGGAAAAAAAGUAAUUUGAGGGAAACCCAAAGUUCAAAGGAGAGUAAAUUCUCGCAUGAUAAUUUUAAAAUUAUUUUUGCAAAUAUUUGCCAUUUUAUUGUGUAUGUAUAGAUGACCAUAUAGGAAAUUUGACAUUUGUAAUAGUGGAUUUGUUAAUACUUUUUACAUAACAUUACCGUUUAAAUUGUAGAAAAACUUCUUUUCCAUUCCCCUGAUGAUUCGUUUAAUUGAGAACAAAAACCAAGAGCCGAAUUGUCAUCUGAACCUCGGACGAAUGUAGCGAACGGCCUAGCUCAGCGUCGUGAUGCGUUUCCUUUUAGCAUUGAAAUAAUUUAAUAGCACAUUUAACCUGUGGGCACAAGUUGGUUCUCUGGAGGAAAAAGGAGAUUGAUACCAGGGCAAAUGCUUGUUUAUAAAAUAUACAAAUACAUUCUGUGUCAACUCUGAUCUUGUACUCCACUCUUGGUGAGGAAGAACAAACUUUUCACCCAUUUCUAAAGUGCCAUCAUCUCAGGCGAUGGGAUAUAUUCCAGGUUAGCUUUCAUAGGAGAUUUUUCCCCCCCUCUUUUUGAAGUAGGAAACCAAGUUACUUUAUUAAAGGAAGGGGUAUGCCUUGCUGCAUUACGGAAAAAAACGUGUUGUCGACACCCGCGUUUUCAAACUUCCUCGCAAUCCGUCUGACGCGUUUCCACACGUGUUGGGGCUGCAAUUUUCAUCCUGCUUAUGCUGGCUGAGAGCGAUGCGAGUUGUCCGUCAACAUUUUUGGAAGGCACCAGGUUGGGGAAGGGUAGUGUAAUUCCAAUGCUGUUUUUUUGCAUGCUUUUAUCCUGGUUUCCUUCUCUCCUCUUCCCUUCUCUUGCAGCUUCAUAGCUCUUCCUUUAAAAAAAGUAAGGAGAACGGUUAAUGCAAAUGGAUUGAAUUGUUCUUUUUUUUUUUUUUUU